CAUUCGUAUGAAGACAACAGUUGAACAGAACACCAACCCUUCUUCUACGUCUUCUACUUCCAAGUAGCGACACAGAAACGGAAACAGAAGGAAGAACUGAAGAAUCUGAAAUUAAAGGAAUUAUAUAAUAUGGGCGUGGAGGAGCAGGUGUUGAUUGGUGUGUUAUUGGGGAUGGUGGCAGUUGCAGUUGGAGUUGCAGAUCCACCUCAAGUAUCCAAUGUCACCGCCAUGUACUUGUUGGGAGAUUCUUCUGUCGAUUGCGGCUUAAGCACUCUCUAUUAUCCUCUUCUCCACCGCAAUUUCUCUCUGUUUCCUUGUGAAGCCGACGCCGACGCCGACGCCUCUACUCUUCUCCCUCACUUUCUUGCUAAGAAGAUAGGCGUGCCAUACUCUCAACCCCUGUACACUCAGAACGGAUCCAUUGAAGCGAUCCUAAAUGGCCUCAACUUCGGUUCGCCACAAGCAACGAUUAUGAGCAGCAGCCGUAGCUAUCAGUCCCUCAACCAACAGCUUCGUCAGGCACUCGACGCCAUUCAGAUGUUGCGCCUGCAUCUCGGCCAAGACACUGCUCACCGUUUCAUCCAAUCAUCCAAUAUUAUGUGA